GCCGAGGCGAGCGGGCGAGCUUGUGAAAGUGCUCAACGACCACGCGGUUGAUCUGGGUCAGAGCCAGCCUACCAGGGGGUUGCCUCCGGGAGUCCAAAGCCUCUACGACUUCAUCCAAUCGGGCGCCGCCUGCUUGGUCUUGAAACCCCAGGAGUCUGACGAGACCAGCUCUGACGAUGAGGAGGACGACGAGGAGAAGGAGGAGGAGUACGACCUUUGCCUCCUCAGCCACAGGGCUUAUCUUCACUGGCAGCUAGGCUCCAAGGAUGUCGAGUACACCUUGGUGAACACCCAUGCGCGAGCACCCGGCUCCGUGAAACGGACCCCGGCGCUUCCGGUUUGCGACCGUAUGGUGGAUCAGCCCUAUGAGCAGGUCGUGUCUUCCUUCCUUGGCCGCUUUCUGGACAUGGAUUCUGGAGAGAUCGCAGGCAAGGUCGGCAUCAUCCGGGUGGACUAUGAGAAAGAGUUCUGUCAACCUUCGGAGACCUACCCAGGAAUUACGAACAUCUUUGCCUUCUUCAGUGUUUUUUUCAACUUGAACAUGCCCUUGCCCUUGAAUUUCGGUCGGCCCAUCGUGCGAACGCAGAAGGCGCCGGCCGAGAACCGUGUAGAAGAGCUUUGGAGUUGGCGUCGCAGCCAGCUCUGUGGCAAUCCGAUCAGGACCAUCCCACCGGACUUGAGCGGCCUGGAAACACACGAGCGUCAG